AUGGAGAGGAUCAUCGUCUCCAGCGAGAACAUCAAGCCCGAUUCGCCAACGCCCCAACACCUCAAAACUUACAAGCUAUGGAUGCUCGACCAGAUCGUGAGGUCCAUUCUUCUCCCUGUCGUCAUCUACUUUCCUUCUCCUCAGUCGUCUAAUCACGACGUAGACUCUUUCAUUUCUCAAACUACACAGCACCUGAAGAAAUCCCUUCCAGUUCUUCUUACCCGAUUCUACCCUUUCGCCGGGAGAGUCAACGUCGACGACAACGGCCACUCCAUCGACUGCAGCUACCAGGGAGUUCAUUUCACAGUCGCCAAGUUCCCAGGCCACAAUCUGUCCGAUCUUCUAGAAAAUCCAGAUCGCACGGAUUUGCCAAGCCUCCUCGUACCAGGGGUUGACUUCAUUUGGCAGGAGAUUGACCCGGAGUCAAGGGUCCUGAUGAUCCAAGUCAACUAUUUCGAUUGCGGCGGCAUCGCCAUGGGAGUUGUUUUCUGGCAUAAGCUUGCUGACGCUACAACUAUCACAAUAUCUCUUCCCCACAGACCCGAAUUGACCGACCAUUCUCAUUUCCCGACAAGGCUUCAGGUGUCGGCCAAAUGGGCAUUGAAGCGUUAUGUUUUCGACGCCUCUACAAUUUCAGUCCUUCAGAGCGAAUCUUCUUGCAGUGUAAAAAAUGCUACAAAGGUGGAGGUUGUCUCGACAAUCCUCUGGAAAUGCUUCAUGGCAGCAUCCCUCGAAAAUGGCAAAUCAGAAUCCUUCGUGCUGCUGGCAGUCGAUCUGAGAAGGAAAGCCCGGCCGCCUUUUCUGUCCGACUGCUUCGGUAAUUUCCUCUCAUCGACGGUAGCAGCAAGUGGAAACCAUGAUCGGACAGAUCUGACGAGAAAAUUGAGGGAUGCAAUAAGCAGGAUCGACGAAACUAGUGUUACCAGUCUGCAAGGCCAUGGGGAUGGCGGCCUUGAAAGUUUUUACCGCAACAGAUCAUUAACCCCUAAAGGGUCGGAUGUUGUUGUUAUCUCGAGCUUGUGCGGUUUUGGGACUUACGGCAUCGAUUUUGGAAGGGGAAAUCCAGUUUGGAUUGCACCGUGUUGCGAUACGAGCAGUGAUUUGAAGUCGAAGUCGCUUUGGAUGGCACAUUCAGUGUGGCUAAUGGACACGAGACUCGGGCAUGGAGUAGAGCCUCUAGUCACUCUUAAAGAGGAGUAUAUGCCGGUGUUUGACCGUGUCAUGAACGAGCUCCGGGACCUUGCUACGAAUUUUGAAGAUGCGAUUGGACUUGGGAAUUGGGGAGAAAAGCACGAUGGGAAAGGAUCCGAGGCGAAGGAAAUGAAAGCUUGCGUUGAUAUAGGGAGAGCCGGAGAGGUGAUUGGAGAUGCGUAG